AAUAGUUUUUCGUUAAUUUAAUACUAUUUAGUCAACUAAGAAGUGUCAUUUCUCAGAAACACAGUAAAAUGGAUAAACCAAUGCUUGAACUAGACAAAAUUUGUCGUUUAUGCUUGCAAUCACUGCAGGUCGGUUCAUUGGUUAACUUGUUUGAGGUAAAUUUCUCUAUCCGGCCAUCGGACAUGAUUGCCCGGUGCGCAUCUGUUGAAAUCUACGAAAAGGAUGGUCUUCCAGCAUCGAUUUGUAACGAUUGCUUUUAUAAACUGGGCAUGGCAUUUGAGUUCCGUAAUCGAUGUGAAGCUUCCGACCUUAAACUGAGGAGUUUUGUUCAUGGCUCUGGGAAUAACAUACAACCCAAUGUGGUCCAAGAAGAAGAGAUUUAUGAGGCAAUGACUGCAAUAUUUGGACCAGAAAGUACCGAAACAUCGAAGCAAAGCAUAUUUACUCAACCGAAGUCGGUGGAGGAUUCAGUUAUAGAAACUUCCACAAGGAAUGUAAAGAAAGUCCAACCUUUGAAGAAAAAAUCGCAACUUGAUGUGUUAUUGGUGAAGCACAAAGCAAAGUUGAAAGAAGAAGGAAAGAAAGUGAACAUCUUUAGACAGCGAAGAACGAACAAGAAUUCAUUAACUGAGGGUAAAAAAGGCACCCCUUUGAAAGAACCACAACAUUGCAAUACUUGCGGUAAAAGUUUUAGUUACAGUGGAUACUUGCAAGCCCACCAAAGGAUUCAUUCGGGAGAGAAACCCUUCCAAUGUCAAAUUUGUCACCGUAAAUUCGCACAGUCAGGAAACCUUCAGUUGCAUCUUCGUAUCCACAGCAAUGAGCGGAAAUAUCAAUGCGAAAUCUGCAGUAAACUGUUUCGAACAUCUAGCAAUUUACAUGCUCAUAGAAAAACGCAUUCGGAAGAAAGAAACUUUCCGUGUGAUAUUUGUGACCAUGCGUUCCGAACUGCCAAAGAACUGCGCAAUCAUUCGGAAACGCAUAGCACCGUUAAAAAUUUCUUCUGCAGGCUGUGUCCUAAUAAAUCUUUCAAUAAGCAAUCGUAUUUAAAUAGUCACGUGAAAACGGUACACAUAGGAGUCAAGCGGCACCGGUGUCAAGAUUGCGGUAAAAUAUUCUCCAACAGCUCUAAUCUCAUAGCUCAUCGACGUGUGCACAGUGGCGACAGGCCGUACUCGUGCGAGGAAUGCGACGCAAAGUUCACUCAGUCACCUGCCUUACUUCGGCAUAUCAAAGCAAAGCAUAGAGCCAAGUGUGUGGAACCGGUAAUAUCGGAAACGGUCACCGAUGCCUUUGAGCCGGCUAUUGAAGUUGACGAAAAUCGUUCCUUAGACAGUGCCGCAAGCUCAGAACUGUCAGUAACUACGUCACUGAUAGACAACCCGUCCGGAUAUAGCGUGCCGUAUAUGACAAACUAUGUGACUCCUCAAUCGCAACCAAAUCAUCCUCAAGCGUCGAAUUCAAUUCAGAUGGCAUCCGGCAUUCCGGGCAAUAUGUACCCCUCCGUUGAACCAUAUCAGUACACAGCCAAUUCUUCCGCACUGGCAUCUCAUCACUAUCAGCAGCAACAUCUGGAUGUUGGUAACUACGAUAUGUGCUACUCUAUGCCGACACAUUCCGUGUUGAACCCGAGUCUUAUGAAUCCUCAGCCGACGUACAUUUUCGAUCAGUAAAAUGGUGAUGAAGGCAGGAAUCUGAAUCAUUUCUAUUGUGCAAUGAAAUCGCAACUACAAAACAGUUAUCAAGAAAUUAUUCCUUAAGAAUAGACUAAAAUAAAAUACCAU